AUGGCAGCCCUCAGCGGCACUGCCGCCGCGUGGAGCCAGGGCCACGAUCUCUCGUCCGUCAAGGCCAUGGAGGACGAGCAGGGCGCCCACUGGAUCAACGCCUCGGGCCAGGAGACGCAGAUUGAGGAGAUUCUGAGUGAUGGCGGCAUGGACAGCGUCCGUCUUCGUCUUUGGACCGGCCAGCAGUACGGCCUCGACUACACCCUCGAGCUCGCCAAGCGCUUCUCCAAGGCCGGUCAGAAGAUCUACCUCGACCUGCACUUCUCCGACACUUGGGCGGACGCGGGUAACCAGGUCGUGCCGUCCGCAUGGUCGACGUCGUCGAUCGAUGACCUUGCGGCCCAGACGCGCAAGUACGUCACCGAGACGCUGCAGUCCUUCUCCGACGCCGGCGUCGAGCUCGAAAUCCUGUCGCUGGGCAACGAGGUCACCGGCGGCAUGCUCUACCCGCUGGGCCAGAUUGAGAACGACGACUUCAGCGGCUUCGCCACGCUGUGGGCGGCGGCCCGCGCCGGUGUCGACGACGCCGUCUCCAACGGCGUCACCAAGCCCAAGAUCAUGAUCCACCUCGACAACGGCUGGAAGGAGGAGACCCUGACGUGGUGGUUCGACGGCGUCUUCAACACCGGCACCGUCACGUCCGACAUGGUCGACACCCUGGGCCUGAGCUUCUACCCCUUCUACGGCACCGGCGCCACUCUUGACGCCCUGAAGAGCUCCAUGAACACCCUUGCCACCAAGUACAGCAAGGAGAUCGUCGUUGCCGAGACGGACUGGCCCGUCGCCUGCGAUGGCGUUGAGCUCAGCGAGGACAUCCCCGUCAGCGCCGAAGGCCAGAAGGAGUGGGUCUCGUCGAUUAUCGAGAACGUCAAGGCCCUGCCUAGUAACCUGGGCGGCGGUGUCUUCUACUGGGAGCCUGCUUUCAUCAACAACACUGGCCUGGGCAGCAAGUGCGACUCGGCUAUCCUGUUCGAUGUCAAUUGGGACAACUGGCCCAACACCCAGGCCACGGCUCUCGACUCCGUUAGCAUGUUUUCUUAA